CAACUGUGAUCGUUAACUCAUCAGUUAAGACUUGCGUCGCUUCCAAUCAAUAAUUUAAAGAAUCUCUGAUAAUAUAAUAACCUUAGCUUUGUAUAAUUUGAUUUUAAACGUUAAAAAUGAACUAGUGAACUCUCGUGACUGUUUAAAAGAAUUAUUAUUUAAUAAUCGCUAUUAUAACCGCUAUCAAUAAGUUUAAAAUAAAUAGUAAAAGUGUAACAAUAAAAUAACAAAAAAUAAAAUAAAAAAAAAGAUUAAAAAAGAAAAAGAAAAGUGUUUGUCAAUAAUCUUCAGCAAAAGUGAAAAAAAGUGAAAAGAAGAAAAUCAUGGUCGAAACUGAAGUUCUUACAGCAAAUGCAACGGAGCCUUGUGCCAAAGCUAGUUUGAUAGUGGUGUCUAAUCGAUUGCCUUUCAUUUUAAUACGUAAUUCGAAAACUGGUAAACUAGAGCGUAAGGCUAGCGCUGGAGGAUUGGUUACGGCCGUAUGUCCUGUAGUGAUAAGAGGUAAUGGUUUAUGGGUGGGUUGGGCUGGUAUACAUUUAGAUGACCCAUAUGAACCUAUACCGGAAUCAAAUCCCGAUGAUCAGACACCGACUGCGGGUCUUAAAUCUGGUCAGGUGGUCUCUGUGAAUAUAAAUCCGAAAAUAUUUGACAGCUAUUAUAAUGGUUGCUGCAAUAAGAUUUUCUGGCCUUUAUUUCACUCGAUGCCCGGUCGGGCCACAUUCGGAGCGGAUCAUUGGAAUGAUUAUAUUACGGUCAAUAAACAUUUUGCGUCGCGCACUAUAGAAGCGUUGGAAAAAUGUUUGUCUAAGAGUAAUGGACAUGAUAAAAACGCUCCUAUAGUCUGGAUUCAUGAUUACCAUUUAAUGCUGGCUGCCAAUUGGAUACGCGAAGAAGCCGAAGAGAAAAAGUUGCCUUGUCGUUUAGCUUUUUUUCUACACAUACCAUUUCCACCAUGGGACAUAUUUCGUUUGUUUCCCUGGUCAGAUGAAAUCCUACAGGGAAUGUUGGGCUGUGAUCUGGUAGGCUUUCAUAUACAAGACUAUUGUUUAAAUUUUGUCGACUGUUGUCAGCGUAACUUGGGUUGUCGUGUAGAUCGUAAUAAUUUGCUGGUUGAACAUGGCGGUCGUACUGUACGUAUACGGCCUUUACCUAUUGGCAUACCUUAUGAACGCUUUGUUAAAUUGGCUCAGAAAGCACCGAAUGUGUUAAAAACUUCCGAGCAACAGACUAUAUUAGGUGUCGAUCGCUUAGAUUACACUAAAGGUUUAGUUCAUCGUUUAAUGGCUUUUGAGGUUUUACUUGAGAAAUAUCCUCAGCACAAAGAAAAAGUAUCACUUUUACAAAUUUCUGUGCCUUCUCGCACUGACGUUAAGGAGUAUAAAGAAUUGAAAGAAGAAGUAGAUCAAUUGAUUGGUCGGAUUAACGGACGUUUCACCACUGCCAAUUGGGCACCUAUACGUUACAUUUAUGAUUACGUGGGUCAGGAUGAGUUAGCAGCUCUCUAUCGCGACGCCGCUAUAUGCUUAGUAACACCGUUGAGAGAUGGCAUGAAUUUAGUAGCCAAAGAAUUUGUAGCUUGUCAAAUCAACGAUGUUCCUGGGGUAUUAAUUAUCUCUCCUUUCGCGGGCGCUGGUGAAAUGAUGCACGAAGCUUUGCUAAGUAAUCCAUAUGAAGUGCAUCAAGCGGCGGAGAUAAUACAUCGUGCUCUCACAAUGCCCGAAGAUGAACGAAUCCUACGCAUGAGCCGUUUACGACGACGUGAAGCCGAAUGUGAUGUUAGUCAUUGGAUGCGGUGCUUUUUAAAAGCUAUGGGCACAUUAGAAAUGGAUGAUGUGGGCACAACUACAAUGCAACCAGUUACCGUAGAUGAUUUUGAUGAUUACCUACUGAAAUAUAUUGGGUAUAAUCACAAAUUGGCUCUACUCUUAGAUUAUGAUGGGACCUUGGCUCCUAUUGCACCACAUCCCGAUUUGGCUAUUCUCUCACCCGAAAUUAGAAAUGUAUUGUUCAAAUUGUCAAAUCAUUCGGAUGUCUACGUUGCCAUAAUUUCUGGGCGUAAUGUAGAUAAUGUUAAAAAAAUGGUUGGAAUCGACGGUAUUACCUAUGCGGGUAAUCACGGCUUGGAAAUUUUGCAUCCGGACGGUAGCAAAUUCGUGCACCCAAUGCCCAUUGCUUUCGAAGAUAAAGUUAGCGGCCUGUUAAAAGCGUUACAAGAUUCGGUGUGUCGCGAUGGUGCUUGGGUGGAAAAUAAAGGUGCCCUAUUGACAUUCCACUAUCGUGAAACACCGAACCAAUUAAGACCGGCCAUGAUUGAGAAAGCUAGAGGGCUUAUAGAAAAAUACGGUUUUCGGGCCACUGAAGCCCACUGCGCUUUGGAAGCGAGACCGCCUGUGCCCUGGAAUAAAGGACGUGCAUCCAUAUACAUACUACGCACUUCCUUUGGUGUUGACUGGAGUGAACGUAUAAAAAUCAUUUACGUGGGCGAUGAUCUUACAGACGAAGAUGCCAUGGUAGCAUUAAAAGGUAUGGCGAGAACUUUUCGUGUCACAUCCUCGGACAUAGUAAAAACUGCAGCCGAUCAUCGUCUACCUUCAACCGACUCAGUUUACACCUUAUUAAAAUGGGUUGAGAGGCACUUCAUGGGUCGCAAAGCCAGAGCCAAUUCCCUAACGUAUCGUAAUCCUCGUGUCGAUGGUGUUCGCACUCAAAUGUCCCUGGAGAUAGCAUCUAAUUCGAACAAUAUUGAUGUCGAAAAUGUUUAGCUAAGUUUAUAUUUGUUUUUUUUUUUUUAUUUUGGAAGGGACAAGCACUUGAAAUUUGUUUAUUUAUAAAUAUUUGCAGAGUUUUGUACCUUAAACUACGUUACACUAAGCAAAAAUCAAAAAAAAAAAAAAAGAGAAUAGCACAGUCUAACAAUAAUUAAUUUAAUUUUACAAAAAAGUUGAAACGUUUUAACUGCCUUUACUACCUCCGUAAUAAACUCAUACGUACGUAAGAUUUCCUGAAAUUUUAAUAAAAUAUUGAUAAUAUAAAGUAAACA